AUGAAGGAGCUCGAGGACUCGACCGCGGAGGACAUCAACAUGCGCGCGCGUCUGCUCGAGAACGAGAUCCGCGUGCUGAGGGACGAGUCCAACCGCCUCGCGCUGGACCUGCAGGGGGACAAAGAGCGCGUGAAGGAGAACAUGGAGAAGAUCAAGAUGAACAAGCAGCUGCCGUACCUCGUCGGGAACGUCGUGGAGAUCUUGGACCUGAAGCCGGAGGCGCAAGAGGACGACGGCGCGAACGUGGACUUAGACGCGGCGAGGCAGGGCAAGGCGGUGGUGUUGAAGACGACGACGCGGCAGACGAUCUUCCUUCCCGUCAUCGGGCUCCUCAAACCCGCGGACCUCGUCGGCGUGAACAAGGACAGCUACCUGAUCCUGGACACCCUCCCCGCGGAGUUUGACUCGCGCGUCAAGGCGAUGGAGGUGGACGAGAAACCCACGGAGGAUUACUCCGACAUCGGCGGUCUGGACAAGCAGAUCCAAGAGCUCCGCGAGGCGGUCGUCCUUCCGAUGACGCACGCGGAUAAGUUUAAGACGCUGGGGAUCCGCGCGCCGAAGGGCGUGCUGCUGUACGGCCCGCCGGGGACGGGCAAGACGCUCAUCGCGCGCACGUGCGCGGCGCAGGCGCGUUCGUAUUCAUACUGGUUCCCAUACGAUCCCACCAACGCGACUUUUCUCAAGCUCGCGGGGCCGCUUCUGGUGCAGAUGUUCAUCGGCGACGGCGCCAAGCUGGUUCGCGACGCGUUCGCACUCGCGAAAGAGAAGGCGCCGGCGAUCAUCUUCAUCGACGAGAUCGACGCGAUCGGCACGAAGCGGUUCGACUCGGAUACGAACGGCGACCGGGAGGUGCAGCGGACGAUGUUGGAGCUGCUGAAUCAGCUCGACGGGUUCUCGUCGGACGACCGCGUGAAGAUCAUCGCGGCGACGAACCGCGCGGACAUCUUAGACCCCGCGCUGUUGCGCUCGGGGCGUCUGGAUCGCAAGAUUGAGUUCCCGCACCCGAACGAGGACGCGCGCGCGCAGAUCUUAGAGAUUCACGCUAGGAAGAUGAACAUCAACGGGCAGGUGAACUUCGAGGAGCUCUCGCGGACGACGGAUGAUUUCAACGCGGCGCAGCUCAAGGCGGUGUGCGUCGAGGCGGGGAUGUUGGCGCUCAGGAGGGACGGGACGGAGGUGUCGCACGAGGAUUUCGUCGAGGGGAUCAUCGCGGUGCAGGCGAAGAAGAAGGCGGAUCUGUUUUACUACGCGUGACGCGAUCGAUUCGACGCUCGCGACGAGCCGGCGCGCGGCGCGGCGCGAAUAAAAAAACAAUUCAUCAAUUGGUUACAACAAUUCGACCGCC